GAGAGAGAGAGAGAGAGGGGGGAGAGGUUUGGGACGAUGCAACUCGCUCAGAAACCCUGACCUCAUUGCUCAAAAUGCUGCAGCCUGGACUCCGCUGCUUUCUGUCCUCCGUCCUCAUGGUCUUCGUGUCUCCGCUGCCAGCUGAAGGACAGACGGUGUCGGGAGGCAGAGGUGUGGAGAGGCUUCAGGUGAUGUUCACGCCCACCGUCUGCAAGGUGCGCUGCAGCCAGGGCCGAUGUGUCAACUACUGCGAGCAUGGAAACGUGACCACUCUGUACAGCGGCAUCGAAGGAGGAGGAGGAGGAGGAGGAGGAGGAAGGAGAGAAAGCUCCCACGGACCUGGCUUCAGAGUGUUCGUCUGCCCUAUGCUCUGUAAGAACGGAGGCGUCUGUCUGCAGAAGGACCGAUGUCUCUGCCCGCAAGGCUUCAGCGGGAAGUUCUGCCAGGUCCCCAUCGCCUCCUCCUCCACCAAAGACAUCGUCAAGCCGGCGCUGCUCACCGCCAUGGAGGCCAAUCAGGAGCUGACACAGUCAGAGUUCCUUCUACCGCUGAGACCCAGCCAGGAGACAGGUGUCUCUGGAGCUCCUGGGCCGUCCAUGGUGCAGGUCAGAGCGCAGCACCCCCCCCAGACCAGAGCGAUCCUCCACCAGGUGCAAACGGUGUCCCGGUCCAGCCCCGCCCUGCGGACGCUCUCCUCCGGGUCGGCGGGCGCCCCGGCUCCAGCGGGGGUCCAGGCCCAGACGGUGAGGGGGGGCGGCACCAUCAGCCAGCAGGCCGGCUUCAAGUACUGCUUUAGAGAGGUGAAAGAGGGGCAGUGCAGCUCUCCUCUGCCCGGUCUGCGGAGCAAGGACAUCUGCUGCCAAGGCAUCGGGAAGGCCUGGGGUACUACAGAGUGUGUACUCUGCCCUGAUACUACAGGUCAAAGCAACAGCAGCUGCCCGGCUGGUUUUGAGCGAGCCAAUGGAACGCAGUGUGUAGCCCAGAGUGUGAUCUCGGAGGAGAAGGGUCAGUGUCACCGGCUCCUGGGCUCGGGUCGCGGUCCGACCUCGUGCUCGCUGCCCAUCCUCCGCAGCAUCACCAAGCAGAUCUGCUGCUGCAGCCGGGUGGGACGGGCCUGGGGGCCGGACUGCCAGAGGUGCCCCCACUUCGGUUCAGUGGCCUUUAAGGAGACCUGUCCAGCCGGUCCCGGGUACCACUACUCGGCUUCGGCCCUGCAGUUCAACCAGAGAACCACCGAGCAGCUGGGGGCCCGAGGAGCUUCGCUGGUGACCCCCGGUAACCACGGUAACCACGGUCCUGGUUCUGGGUCCGGUACCGGCGGAUCCAGUUCCAGUGGAUCCAGUACCAACGGCUCCUCCAGGUCUCAGCAAAGAGGGACAGCCGAUGAAUCAAAAACCAGUUCUGGCGGGACCAGCAGACACAGUCCAGCUCCGUUCCACCCCCGCCAAGACGACUCUACCUCGACAGUCACCGGGGACAAAGUCCAGUCUGCAGGGAGACCCGUGACCCAGCAGAACGGGCCCCACCUCGCUCGGCCAUUCACACCGGGACCUCGGCCCCCAUCCGCCGGUAGUCAAGGUGGGGGCCGGUCCUCCUCCGCGUCCACCAGAGAGGACCCCCUCCCUCCUCCGGCCCGACCCCUCAGCCCAGAGCGCCCUACGACGACCCCCCAGGCCCGAGUCCAGAUGCUGCGAGGUGUGUGUGAGAGCACACCUGGUGUGUGUGGCCCAGGUGUGUGUGUGCAGCAGCCAGGAGGGACUCACACCUGUGUGUGCGAUGAAGGACAUCAGCUCGACCCCCAGCGCACCUUCUGCCGAGAUGUGAACGAGUGUGUGCAGUCGGCAGGUGUGUGUGCUGGGGGAGAGUGUGUGAACACUCUGGGAAGCUUCAAGUGUAUUUGUUCAACCGGAUACAAGAGCAACAGCCAGCAGGCCGGUUGUCAAGACGUGGACGAGUGUGAGGACGCUCUUCAGUGCCCUGGUCAGCAGUGCAUCAACACUCAGGGUUCUUACCGCUGUGUCUCCUGUCGUCAUGGAUACGGACUGCUCAACGGGGUCUGCACAGACGUGGACGAGUGUCAGCAUUCUCCCUGCUCCAGCGGCCGCUGUGUGAACACCCCCGGGAGCUACCACUGCGUCUGUCGCCAUGGUUAAAGGCUGCAGAACAACACCUGCACAGAUGUAGAUGAGUGUGCAGAGCCGUCUCAGUGUCCCGGUCAGAUGUGUGUGAACUCUGUGGGGUUGUACCGCUGUACGUCCUGUGGACCAGGUCACACACUCACCAAUAGGCAGUGCACAGAUGACUACGCUUCCCUCUGCACCUCCUUCCUUCCUCCUCUGUUUCCGGAGAGCUUCUCGGACUCUGGACCAGAACCCGGAGUGAGACCAGGAGGACGAGGACGAGGAGGAGUCAGAGAGUCAUCUCCUCCCUACUUCCCUCCCUACAGUCCUGACUCCUUCCCUCCUGCUGUGGCCCCCGACUAUGAGGACUACUCCCCAGCAGGGGGCAGCAGCUCGGUCUUCAGAGGGAGGACACCUGUCUCCUAUCAGGGGCCAGACUUCAGGCCCCCGUCCUUCCGCCCUCCCCCCGACCCGCGGGCUGAGAGGGCGUUUGGGGCUCGUCCCCCCUCCCCGUCCCGACCCGACGGGCCUCCCAUCAGCCUGGCACCGCUGCCCGGAGCUCCUUACCAGGUGGAGCAGGAGGAGGAGGAGGAGGGAUGGUGGAGGAGGCCCCCCCCUUUCCCCCCCUUCACUGAGAGGAGAGAAGGAGGAGCACCGAGGAGGCUCUAUGAGAGGCGCUAUGAGUCGUACGCGGGCCUGAGUGCAGCAGAGGAUUGUGGGAUACUGCACGGCUGUGAGAACGGAAGGUGUAUUCGCGUUGCUGAGGGUUACACGUGUGACUGUUACCAAGGAUACGGGCUGGACAUGACCUCCAUGACAUGUACAGACCUUAACGAGUGCGAGGCCUCCGUCCCGCUGGACUUCCCCUGUGUGAACGCUCGCUGUGUGAACACAGCUGGUUCGUUCCGAUGCGUCUGCAGGAGAGGCUACGUCAUGUCCCGCAGGCCCAACCACUGCGUGGCUGCCUAAUCACACCAGACCGGACCGGACCGGGUUGAACUGGACUAAGCAACGCUAAAGCAGCUUUAGAACCAGAUCGGACACUUGACCCUGGGCUAAAAUACUGUGCACUAAACUGGGAAUGGCUACACAAACUACACUAGUUCAAUUACACCAGCUGCACUAGUUACACCAACUACACCAGCUACACAAAGUACAUCAGCUACACAAACUACACCAACUACACCAACUACACCAGCUACCUUCACCAGUUCACUAAAGAACAAGACAUCUCCCGUUUCAUCUCCAAAUAGCUCUGUGUCUGUAAAUCGUGUUACUGUGUGUUAACACACGUGUUACCAUGUGUUACCAUGUGUUACCGUGUGUUAACACAUGUGUUACCAUGUGUUACCGUGUGUUAACACACGUGUUACCAUGUGU